AUGGCUGUGUUUCUAAUAAAUAUAUGCAAGUUCAAUGGUUGUGAAAAGAUUUUUCCAAGCUUGAAUGACUUGAUACAGCAUAUAGAAGACACACAUAUAGACUAUGAUUCACAGGCGCCUGGAUUAUCUGAAAAGACACAGUCUACUUGUCUUCCUCUGAGCGCCGUACUGCGCUUCAUCAGUGACAACUCUCGCAAGGAUAGCGCAUCUUCUCCGGCUGUCGUAUCCGGAAGCUCUAAUGGAGUCGACAAAGGCAAAAAUGCUUCGGCGACUCCGCCCGGGCUGAGAUUGACAAAUGCUUCAUCAAUCAAUCAAAAUCAAGAUCUGCAUUCCACUGCGACCAACGCCGGCAAUGGCAACAACAACGGCGUCGCGGUGUCCAUCAAUGGCAACUCCGAGCAAAAUGGUAACGGCUCGAGCGCAAUUGAACCCACGAAGAAUCACCUCAACCAACCUGUGGGAACUACUGAUCUCAAGCGCAAAAUUGCCAUCAAACAUCACAGCUACAGUAUAUCGGCGUCCAACCGCAGCACAACUCCGACAGGAAGCGAGAUGGAUGACGAUGAGAUGAUGGUUUCCGAAUCGGAAGACAGCAAUGAUUCGUGGACAACAGAGGAAUUCAGCUCCGAGUUUAUUAUGCGCUACGGCAGCAGAAGACAUUCGUCGGCGGGCGGUGGCAACGGAAUUAAUUCUUCUAAUGAGAAACCGUUUGCUUGUCCGGUUCCCGGUUGCAAGAAGCGUUACAAGAACGUAAACGGUAUCAAAUAUCAUUCUAAGAAUGGUCACAAGAAAGACGGCAACCGGGUACGGAAAGGCUUCAAGUGCUACUGUGGAAAAAGCUACAAGACGUCUCAACGGUUAAAAAAUCACAACAUGCUGGCCCACUCGAGCACGCAACCCGGAACAAUUCCUGAAGGAGCCGGCCUGGCCGCAGUUCCACUGGCGUCCCCGGCGCUGCCGUCGGCGUCGCUGAUCACGUCACCGGUCGUGUCACCAGUGAAGUCCAACGGCAGUACCGGUGGUACGUCCAGUUUCAACGGCGGCAAUCUGAGCUCCAGCUCGACCAUUAACAGCGGCAGCAUCACAUCCUCAACCACAUCUAGUCAAAUCGGUACAAAUGCAACUACGACGUCUACUAGUCCAUCCACACUUACUAUAACGCAGGUGACCCACAAAAUUCCGCGCGCACACGUAUUAACGGCAACGACCGCGGCCUCAACUGCGGCUACCGUGGCCCCGACGAUGGCCGCCGUGGUCGCCAGUGUGGCCACCGCCACCGUCACGACUAGCAACGCGUUCUCCGUUGCGUCCGCGACCAUGGCGUCCUCCACGCUGUCCAGCGUGCCAUCGGUGAUGGCGACACCCGCGAGCAUUAAGUACGACAAUCUCGGAAUCCUUACACCCGCAACAUCGCCUAAACUGAUCGCUAACCUUUGCCAGGACACUAGCCAGCCUCUCCUGCAGCCGGCAGGCACCGCCGGAGUAGUGCUGUCCGGCACAGGUCCGGCAGGGAUUGCGCUUAAAAGCGUGCUCGGUCAUCCGGUCGGUCCCAGUGGCGCAUCGAGUGGAGGCACCGGGGAGCUGGUCGGGGGCGGUGGGAGCGUCGGCAUCGCCCUGGUCGUGUCGUCUGGCGUUGGCAAUGAGGCAAAGCUAACCAGCACCACCGGCGCAGGAACUACCGGCGGCAACGGUGGCAACAAGAACACGGGCCUCUCGGCGUCGGUCGCGGCUGGCCAGCUGUACGCCGACGAAACGUAGCCGAUACUUAAGAAUUUACUGUUGCGAAAGUAUUGACUGGCUAGAGGGUAC